UGAUUAGAAGUUAUACCACAUGCCCUAAAUACUGAGGUGGUCCUCGGCCUAGUUCCCCAAUAUAGAGUUGUUUAGUUGCCAUACUACACCUUUGUGCAUACCUGUCUUAGAUUUUGGCAAAUGUUUUAUUUGGCCAACUUUAGUCUUGUCACACGGCUCUCAAAAUCUAGAAUUGUAAGUGUUUUUGAAGAUUGCUAACCUAAAAAUGGAAGAGCAUGCUUUGAACCCUAGAUGUUGGCGGUCACCCUAUUUUGGGGCAUGUUGGAAUUGGGAGCUGAGAGCCUGUGCAACUCCCUGUAAAACAGCCACUGGUGUUCAAGGGUUUGUGAAGAGUACAUCAUCGGUUAGUGCAACAGUAGAAGUUUGGGCUGUAAAGUGGGAACCUAACAACAUGUUCACUGUUGCGGAGUAUCGGUUACCAGAAGUGAAGGCUGAAAUAGCCAUGUACUUCGAUUUCCCUAGGCAGAUAAACUCUCGCCGAAUCUCAUUUAGACUUCUUGGAGAUGAUGUUGCAUUUGCAGAUGACCCAACCGAACAAGAGGAUUCAGAUUUUUUUAGAGCUCGACCACUAGCAACAGGUUUGUCUUUGUCAAAUAGAUUCAAGUUGUAUUAUUAUGCUGAUCCUUAG